UGGGUCAAUCAAUAUAUGGACCUUUUCCCAUAUGAGCCUCUCCCUACUAAGGGUGGUGCGCGCGUGGAAAAUCCUUUCAGUGCGCGGAAAAUUCGUGCCGUGACCACCCCAAAGAUGUCGUCCGAUCAUUUAACGGUCGUCGAAGUCCCAGAAAAUCGCUUCGAUGAGGCAAUCCACCACUUAAGAUGGAACUUUUUCUCCGACGAGCCGCUGAACCAUGCAGUGGGACUUUGCAAUAAAGGGGAAAGCCAGUACGAGCUCGAGAGACAUUGCCUGCUUACUUUAAAGCAGGGAUACUCGAGGAUGCUAGUGGAUCAGGAUGGGACGAUAGCAGGCAUGGCUUUGAAUGGUAUCUUGAAGGAGGGAGAGCGCGAGGAAGCUGAACGUCGGCUCGCCGAACUAAGUGACGAGAAAUUCAAAAUCAUUUUCGGGCUUCUCUACAAGGUCAACGAGAAGGUCGACCUAUUCGCCAAGUACAAUGUCAGCGAGUUGUUCGAGUGUCGCAUUCUCAGCGUUGACGAGAACUUCCGCGGGAAGGGUCUGGCGAACAUUCUGAUGGCGGACAGUAUAGAGACCGCGAGAAAGGCUGGCUACAAGGUGUUCAAGGCGGACGCGACCGGGAUGUUCUCCCAAAAGGUGUGCUUGAAACACGGUUUCCAGGUGGAAGCGGAGAUCCCUUACGCCGAGCUUGACGAUUGGAUCAGACCAGCUCCACCCCAUCAAGCUCUGAAGCUGAUGGUAAAGAUACUAAAUUAAACCAGGCAAACAGACGAAUAGAAGGAAAAAAAGAAAAAGAAAACAAAAAAAAA